AUGCUUUCAAUAGAAUUAAAGGAUGAUAAACUAAGUUCUUUAGAAGAGAUAACAAUUGCUCGAAUCAAAGAGCAUGCUAUAGUAUUAUCAGGAGAAAUCAAUGAAUAUUGUAAUUUAUUUAGAGAUCGAUUAAGAAAUGGAGUAGUGCUGGGUUACAAAGAUAGAAUUGCUAAGCUUUACUAUGAUAUGGCCUAUGCGAACUACAACUACUAUAGUAAAGGUCUUGUUAAAGAUAAUCUACUUUCAGUAAAGUUUUAUUUAGAAAAAUCGAUUCAUCAAUUUGAUGAUAAACAUCGAAUAAGUAAUAAUUUUAAUAUUGUAAAAGUAGCAAAAUAUUUUUUGGAUUCAACUUGUGAUCUUUAUUUGACACCGACUCUUGAACUAAAUAAGUUACCUUCGAUUCCAGGAAACGCCGUUGUACUUGUUAAAACUGAGGACGAAAAUGAAUACAUGAGUUUUUUUGUAGAGAACGGCCAAUGGGUCAAAGAGGACGCAGAUUUCAAGCGUGUUCGAAUUCAAAAUGUCAAUCUGGAAAGUAUUUCCGUCAGUAACCCAUGCGGAUUAGUUCAUAAUAACGAAGAAAAUAGUAAACGUAUAGAACGCAUCACUAGCGAAGCACAAUUACAGCGAGGUCGUGCAUCCAUCAACGUUAAAUACUAUUCAUUGAAAAGAAAGAGAAAGAAACUCGAAGAAAAUUUAAAACGAACAACAGAAACUCCUAGCGAAGAUAGUUCACAAUUAUUUGUAUGUGAAAUUCUAUCUAAAUUAAUUGAAUGUAAUUUGGAAAUUGGUUGUUUAGAUCAAGUUGAGUAUUAUAUAAAUUUAUUAAGAAAUGCGUCUCGACAAGAUUUCGAAGAUAAAUUAAACGAAUAUCAACUGAGGAAAGAAUUAAUUGUGAAAUUAAGACACGUUAUGGAGUUUGAAGCCGCUCUAUCGCUAUCACAAGAAGACGAUGUAGCAUAUUUUUUAGUUCGUAAGUCAGAAAAUACGUCCGAUUAUAAUAGAGAACUCGAAAAAUGGCAAAAUAUCUAUAGAAUAUCUGAUAGCAGAUCAAUUUUAUUUAUUUCAAAUUCACAACAAAACGAAAAUCAUUGGGAAAGUUGGUUCUGGAUACCGGACAGAAUAAGAGAAUUUUUAAAAUUAGAAAUCAGUGAAAAUUCAUUAUUAAGCAAAAUUUUAAACCGUAACAGAGUUGCUACUCAUUUCUUCGGUGAAUUUCUCGACAUGUUGGCGGAGAAAGAUGUAUUUUUAAAUUUUGAUUCUAAUUCCAAGUUGAAAAAUAUUCUUUUUAAAAACGAUCAAUUUGACCUGAAAAGUAAACGAACGAAAAUUAUUCAUUUUUGUGAUUCAUUGAGAAAGGCAUAUCAAUUCAUAGGACAUUAUCCUCUUGAACAACGUUAUCAUCGAGCUAUGUGCUAUUUUGUAGAAGAAAAAAGUAAGAUUCUGAAACAAAUUUCUUCGUCAUAUAAAAUCAGUGAUAAUCUAUUGAAUAGUCGUCAAGAGAAGGAAUCAUCGCGAUUAGUCGUAAAACAACAAAACGAUUUUCCUUUAAGUUUAUUUCCUAUUUCUUCAGGCACUGGCGUUAAAAAAUUAAAUGACAAAAUCAGUGAAAAAGACUUUUUCGUAGAUAUUCUUCCUUACAUCGAUCAAGUCAAUGAUUUGAAACGUUCUCUUAAUUCUGUUUAUAAUAUUGAUUGGCGAUUUUGUUGCAGUCAAAAUACUCGAGAAACUUGUUUACAAAAUCGGCACGAAGAAAAUCCCUAUGAGAAAAAGUUUCUUUUCUUAUUGAUGGAAUGUGAUUUUUAUGUCGUACUUGAAGUCAAUAAAAAAAAUCCUCCUAAAAUCAAUGGAAAUGCAAUUGUAUUGACAAAAAUUGAAAAUAGUUCUAAUUACAGCAGUUAUUUCAUAAAAAAUGGUCUCUGGUUAAAAGAUAAUAGAAUUAAAAGUUUAAAGACUAUAGUGCUUAAAAGUAUUAAUUUAGAACUCGUUGAGCUGGACAAAAAACCACAGUUGAUCGAUACAAAUAAGUUUCAAGAUCAAGAAAGUAGAAUUGAAAUGGAGAGAAUUGCUUCUGAAAUGAAUUUAAAUCGAUGGUAUUUCUAUGGAGAAACACUGUGCGGUAGAAUAUCCGAAGGUUUUGUUGAUCAAAAACAAGAAUUAGAUACUCUGCAGAUUUAUUUAAAGGACAUUCUACCCGAGGAUUUGAAAAAAGAAAAAACCGAAAUUUUUCUACAGAAAGAAGCUAAAAUAUUAAAUCAUUUGUCACGGAUAUUUCAAAUCGAUAAUAAAAAGCUUUCGGUUUCUCAAGAUUAUUUUAUAAAGCCAAUGCCAAUUAUUGAUUAUGAAAACCAAUACUCAGCAAACACAGGAAUUAAAAUUUAUGAUCUGAGAAAUAGUGACCAUGGAAAUGAUUUAAAAAAUAGAAUAAAAUCUGAUCUUAGCAGAAAUUUUACUUCUAUAGUAAGAUUAACAAAUAAACAUUAUGUGACUUUAUUUGUUGAAAGUAAACGAUCAUAUAAAUAUAAUUAUGAUUUACGAUACAUCUAUGUUAUGAAUUCUGCGCUUGAAAACGUUAAUUUGAAAAUAUUAAAUUGGUUUAGCGGAGUAAUGAAUCAAUGUGUUUAUAAACUUUGUCUAGUCGAAUGUCCGAAACAACGAAUAAUGUCAGACGAUAGUUUGUUGCAUGCCUAUUUUAAUGCAGCUGCUUGUCAAUGGGCUUCAAAUAAUUGUUGUUGGGAGUUUCUGAGAAAAAAUUUAGCUCGACAAGAGUUUUCCAGUAAAGAAAAUGUAGAAAAAGUGAAACUAUGGUUUAUUGAAACUAGUGAAAAACCAUCCGUUUUGAACUAUCUAGAAAAUGACUUUCCGCCCGACGAAACUAUUGAAAUAGUUGAGAAAUUUAAAAGUCAAUUUUCGAAACUCAUUGAAACUUCUUUAAAUUCUUUAGGAGCUGAAGAAAUUAAAAACCGGGUCGAAUAUUUGUCAACAAUCUUCGCUACCAUUAGAAGAUUUGAUGAAAUAUUCGAAUCUAUUUGUCUUAUAGAUGAAAAGGAAAUCCCAAAUGAAAUAGAACAGUGCAUUCACGACAUUGAAAUUGCUCUAAACAAUGUUGAAGAGAAAAAAAAACAAUACUUAGAAGUGAAUUCCAUAGUAGAUAUUAUGUUUGGAGUUCUGAAAAAAUGUUCGUUAAAUUUGUUAUCGUUUCAAGAGAAACUUUGUCAGAAUUUUGAACGCUUCGAAGAUAGACUACAUCACAUGAUUCUCUUAACUAUGACAGAGGAGAAUAAUUCAGUAAGUGAAAACCAAUCUUUUGUGCAUGUAAAGCAAUUAAAUUCUAUGAUUGAACGAUCACGUCCGAGUUCAGACGAAUAUUUAUAUUUAUGUCAUUAUCAAAAGUUUGCAGAGUCGUUUGAACAUUUUCUAGAAAUUGAAAAUAGUUUUUCUCAUGCACAAGAAUUACUCUCAGAAUGUAAAAGUAUUAAAAAUAGUUUAGGAAAUGGAAGAAUUGAAAAUGCUGCAAUAACGAAUCGAUUCGCUGAAAAGAGUUUCGGUGUAAUUUUACCUUUUAUUCAAAGAUUUGUCAAAGUCGAAGAGUCGCUAAAUGAAUUUCAUCAAAUAUUUAAGUGUCUUUUACCCUAUUGUUAUGAACUACUGGAUUUACCAAUCAUUAAUAGCAGUUUAAGAGACGACAUCUACAAUCAAAUUUGUCAUCAGCAGCAAAAUUUUGAAGAUAUUAAAAAAUGCAUUUCUGCUUUAUUUGUAAAAGUCGAACGCAAGAAAGCUUUUGAUCAAGAGAAAUUAACAGAUAUAUUUAAAUCAUUUGAUGACUGUAUCACAAGCAACGAUGAACGAGCUAUUCAUUACAUAGGAGCAUAUGUUAGAACUAGUAUGAUGAAUACGGUUGAUUAUUAUAUGAAUAGUUUAGCGUCAUUUCGGCAUAGAUCUUUAAGUGCUAUGGAAAUUUUUGAAAAAUCUUUGCAUCGAUUUUUACUCAGUUCCAUUCGAGAAACUGUUAAAACUCAAACCACUCAUAAUCAAUUGUCAUCUCGAGCUUUAUCCUAUUUCGACUCGAAAAAUGUCGAUUAUGAUACGAAGAUUUCUCAAUAUAAAAACCUUCUUGAAUUUCUAGCUAGUGACAAUAGUACAAUACUAUCGGAAGUCAUUAGCUCAUUGAAAGCACAACUCGAAGACACCAGUCAUAGCCACUUUGUAUAUUUAGAUAGAAAAAUUGUAGAUUUAACUAAUCUUUUAAGUCGAUUUGCUAAUGUUGAAGAAUGCUUACCGAAGUUUAGCGAAUUAUUUCGACAAUCUUUGCACGAUAGAUACGAUCAUUUAUCUGAACAGGAAGCUUUUUCUGUGGAUGGUGAAAUAAACAAGGAGAUUUUCGAUCGUCUUAAACCAAAUAAAAAUUUUGAUGAUAUUGAACAAAUUCUUAAAAUUUUUAAAAAUAAAAAUUUAUUUGAUAUUGUAACAAAAUGCAAACGUUUUCUAGAAUACAACGAUGAAAAGGGUAGUGCCGAAAUUAGUGAAUGUUUACGUCAAUGUAUUAUUGAUACAGUAGAAGAUUAUGUAUCGAAUUUAUUAGCUUUUCGCCAUCGAGCUUCGGUAGGUUUUAAUCAUUUCGAAAUAAGCUUCUAUCAAAUGUUAUCUAGUUGUGAAGCUAUUAAAAACGAACAGCUAAGAUCGUGGUUAAAGCAAAUAUUAAUUCGACUCAAUGAUUCGAACGACAACUAUUAUGAUUAUUUGUCUAUCUACAAAACUAUGAUAAACUAUUUGGAUCGAGAGGGUUAUGAAUGGGCUCGACUACUAAAAGAUAUUCUCGAGGAAAAGAAUCAUACUCUUAAGCCUUUAUUUAAAGAAAAAAUAAAUAAUUUAAAGAAACUAUUAAAUGGAUACAUUAAUUGGUGCCAAAUAGAAACCUAUAAACAGUGUGAAUAUGGUAUUUUUCAAAUAAAAACGAACUCAGGAGUUCUUAGUCAGAUUUUAAAUGUUAUUAAAGAACAACAUCCAGAUUGCUUUUGUCCUAAUAAUGAAAUAAGAAUUAUAAACACAGACAAACUUUAUAUUGACGUUGAUUUAUCUAGUCGAGAUUAUUCGGGAGUAAAUAUUGUUUUAAUUAGUCCAUCUCAAGAAUUAAUUGAGAAUAAAGGCAAAUUAAAUAUUAUUACAGAUGGAGAAGAUGCGAAAAAUAUUUGGAUAAAUCAUCCAGCUAAAAAUGCUCAUGGAACCAAUCCGAGUGGCCAUGGAAACAAAGGAGAAGAUGGAUUUGAUGGAAAGUCUGGGAAGAGUGCCGGACAUGUUUACGUAGUUGCGAAUCAGUUGCCUCCCAUCGAGGUGUCGGCUUGCGGUGGUAAAGGAGAGCAGGGACAAGAUGGAGGAAAUGGGGCGCGUGGUUUAGACGGUAAAGAUGGAAAAGAUGCUGAUAAAGAGGCUUUAAGAAAAGAGUUGUCAGGAGAGUGGGCAUUCUUGGGAGGUGCCUGGUCAUAUCGAUAUCGCCGAAUUGGUACCGAUGGUACUCCUGGUGGUUGUGGAGGGGAUGCUGGUUCAGGAGGAUUUUGUGGUGAUGGAGGUAUUCCCGGACUAGUAAAACUUGUUGCUUUGAAUGAAACUUCUUCACAGAUGCAACAUAAAAAUUUCGUAGAAAAAUCAGAAAGUGAAAACGGUAAACCAGGACAACCAGGCGAGGCUGGAAAACAUGGAAAGGAUGGGCGUGACUAUGUAGCUAUCAGUAAUUAUAUUGGCCUUCAUCGGGCUCUAUUUACAAGUCGAAACGUUGAUAACUUAAAAGGAGGCCGUCUUUAUCUUUCUGAUCGCUAUGAACAUAAAGAGAAAAAAGACCUUGAAGAUUAUUCCAUGCUUCAAUUUGAAGAUGAUGCAGAUAGUUUUAGGUUUAAGAAUAAAUAUCCUGAUAGAAAUGCGCAACGAGGAGCUACAUUGACUCAUCAGCAUAAAGAUCAAGAAGUAGUACAGAAAAUACAUGCUAUAAAUCAUCACCAUGUUUUUCAGCAAGUUUCACAGUUUUUUGACGAAUAUAUUAAUCCACAAAAAUUAGCAUCUUACCAGCAUUGGCUAGCUCCCAGUUUAAAGGAAUUCUUAGAAAAAAUGGCUGAUCUAGAAGAAUUUCCUUCUUAUACAGUGCAUACAUUGCCUGAUAUUGAGCAUGAUGCUAAACAAAUUUUAAUUCUAAAAGAAAAAUUUGUUCAAACUAUAAGUAGAGAAAAUCAACGGCAUCAGACAGAACGACUCGAUACCGAUCAAAUGAAUAUUGGAGUCAUUCUAUUAGCACAAAAUGUAUUAAAUCAUCAUAAUGACUUUUCCAAACAGUAUCAAGUAGUUUAUCAGCAGUUACAAAACGAAAUACAGAAAGUCGAUACCAGUCAAUUAGCAACAGGAUUAGAAAUUCGAAGUGUUGAAAUAGCAAAUCUGAGAAGUACAAUUAAUAGAAUUAUUAAUGAGCAACGCUUUUCUCGACGUCUUCUUGCUUUACGAAAACGUACAGAAGUACUAGUAGAAUUACCUCAAGAGGAACUGUUGAAAUCGAUUUCAGAUCGACAAAAUAUAAAAAUCAUCAAAGAGAAUUUAUAUAAACAAGAAUGGAGACAUUUUCCAAUUGAACAUAAUGUUGUCAGUGUUGAGUUAACUAAAAACUUUAAUGACGAACCAUCUGAAGAAUCUCUUUUGAAUCUUGGAUUUGAUUAUUUUGCACAAUUAGAAAAAAUUCUCUCUCAAAAUGCGACACUAGAUUUGGAUUUAAAUCAAAUUUCAAAUUUCACCUAUACAUAUCUUUAUAAUUUACAACAGGCGAACCAUGAUUUAUUAGGUUUGAGAGCUCUCGACGAUCAGCAACGAAUAUUACAUCAAAUUUUCAUCAAAUUUCCAUCGCUAGACAACAGUCAUACUUUAGAUUUAUUAAUAGAUUUUUCUAAAGGAAUACAGCGGGAAUGUGUAAGACAUUAUUGGUUAAUAUGGAUACAGAAAACAUUAGCUAAUGCUCAAGAAUUUUCUCACGAAAAUGUACGAGAAAUGAAAAAGAGUCUUUUAAAUAUUAUCGAAAUAAUUCGCAUAGCCGAUGGCAAUCAGCUUGAACAAAUCGAUACUAAACUCAAGUCAUUGUCUAUUUUAAAAGAAUUUCCAUUAUAUAAUUUUGAUCAAAAAUUAUAUAGUAAUAAUCGAGCCGAAUUAAUGAAAUCUAUUGAUAAAUUUAAUGAAAUUAGUGAUCAAUUGAAUUUACUUGAAGUUUUUCAAAUUUUUUCAAGUUCUGCAUUUUUCGAUGAAAAUCUGUCAGAUCUGUUAACCAAUGACGAGCAAUUGGAUAUUAUCGAGGAUUUUACUUUUAUUUUUCAGCAUAACUUAGCUUUGAUAAAAAUUGAUAAGAAUAAUUUCGGCAAACUAACACAACAAAUCGAGAAGAUAGAAUACGUACUUCUUCAAAAUCCGCGAUCCUACUUGUACGACAUAUUUUUCGAUUUUUCCUGUAACAUUGAAAAAAUCAAAGUUUUAGAUCAAAUCCAACAAUCGAACGAUCUAAAUUUUCAUUCUUCAAAACCGUAUGAAGCAAACAAUUCUUUAUAUACAAUCGAACAGCAAAUAGACGCUUUUAAUACAUUGUAUGAUCCAACAUUAAUAGAAGAAAUCGUUAAAACUCUUUCGAUUUCUCAGGACAUCAGUAGUGUGAUAGAGAAUAACAAGUUAAUAGGUUUUCUUCAAUGGACAGCAAAUAAUCUAGAAAAUUUCAAAGAUUCAACACUAAAAACUAUUUCUCAUACUAUAGAAGCUAUUCUACAGACAACAGCAAAUAAUAGCACGCUUUCUAGUGAGCUCAAAUUUUUAAAGAUAGUUUUCGAUUAUAAAAUAACAAAAUUAGAAAUCGAAAAACAAGAAGAAAAACUCAAAUCAACUAAAGUCGAUACAGAAAAUAUCCUAUCAAGUUUGAGUGAAAUCAAUAGUUUAUUUCGAAAGAUAUCACAACAGACAGAUAAAAAACCUGACAAAGUAGCUGAAUUGUAUGAUCAGCUAAUGCGGUUGAUUCGUCAUGCAAACUCCGAUACUUUUCUCGGUGUAGCCGAUGAUCAAUUAAAUGAAAUAAAAUCCAGUUAUGAAGAAACAUUGAAAAAUGUAUCAAAAGAAAUUGAAAUCGAAAAAAUCUUUGAUAUUUUCGAUAGUUCAGAACAAAAAGGAGAAAUAGAAAAAAAUAUAAAAAUAACUUCUAAUCAUCUAAGAGAGAAAAUAGAUUUAAUUAAUAAACAACAAAACGAUAAUAUUAUUUUUAAUGAUAAAAAACUUAUUCUAAUAGCACAGGACAAAUUAUUUUCUAAUCUUGAUAAUAUCGACGAUGACAUGCGUAUUCUUAUAACGAAUAGAUUAAAUAAAAUCGAUACUAAAUCGGAUGAGACUUUGUUUAGCAUAACAAAGGAAUUAUUACAGGAAUCGAAUUUUUGUCUUUUCGUGUAUGAAAUGAGAAAAAAUAUUAAUAUUGGCUUAAUACAAAAUCUAGAAAUAAGUCAAUUAUUAGAAAAUGAACUUGAAAAAUUAUUUCUUCAUCAUAGAAAAGAUAAUAACGACAUUGAAUUGCAAGCUAUAAGUAUCUUAAAUUUAGCUGAAUUUAGUCCUGAGGAAAAUACCAAUGAUUUUCUCAAAGAAACUAUUAAGAAUUUAGGAACUGUUAAGAAUUCAGAAACGUUAUUAAAUCUAAGAGAACAAGUACUGCGUACGCUAAUAAAAUACUAUAACGAAAAGCUCGUUUCUUUCGAGACACAGAUGGAGAAAAAUCUUUCUGUUGAAGAAAAAAUAAAAGUCUCUGAAGUCAUAUUAAUUUUUCUACAUCAGCAAUCGAAUAAAAAAUCAAUCAUUCUUCAAGAGAUCUAUGAUAGAUUUUAUGAAAUCUAUGAAAACCCGGUCUCCUCUUAUUCAAUAAUGCGUCGAGGAAGAAUUCCAUUUAAAACUUUAAUAAAUUUGAUGAAAUUGAUUAGUAGAGUUCAUCAAGAUAAUGUAGUUUCGAAUGACAUAAAUAUUGUUCAUGCACAAUUUCAAAUUACUUUACUUCAUGUCGUACUUGAGCAAGGAAAUCCAUUAGGAAGUAUUGAUGAUCAAUUUGUAGACUUCUUAGCUUGGCUAUUGCAGACACUUUCAGCAUACGAAUCUAUAGGUAAGAUUGAAGAAAUACAGCAUAUAAUAAAACUCAAGAAAUUAUGUUCAAAUCUAGAAAAUCUAUGUAAGAAUAAAUCUCAUAAAAAUAUAAACGAAUAUACGUAUUUGAGAAAAUCAAUUUUGAGUAUUUAUCAAGAACUGAAAAUUGUUUAUCUAGAGAAAUAUUCAACAGCUUUAUUUGAAAAAUAUUCAAAUGCAAAGUGGUUAGAAAUAGUUAUUUAUUUUCCCGAAUUUUUCGAAGAAGACAACGAUGAAUUAUUUGAUUUUAUAGUGAAAAAUUCGACCGUUUUUGACAUGAGGAAAAUCGAUGAAAUUCAAGAGAUUAUUUUUACAAGAAUUUUUGCAUUGCAAAGAAAAAAACUAGAGAAAUUUUAUGAAUUAGUACCAAUAGAAAAUGGCUUUAAAGAACUAAAUGGAUAUAUACAAAGCGGUUGUUCGUUUGAUAAGAAAAAACCGUAUGAAGUUUUAAAUUUUAAUAAUUUAAUCGAUACAUUUAAUAAUAGAUUAGAAAUGGACGGAGGUCUUUCCAUGAAUGUAGAUCAUUUUAUAAAAGUACAACAAUGUUUAUCUUGCUUUGAAGAUAUUCGUGUAGCAAUCGAAAAGUUAUCGUCUUCGCCUCAAACUGAUUGGCUAAGAAUAUUAUUAAUAGAACAUAUCGUCGAAAAAUAUACUUUGAUAUUUUCUCCUGGCAGCCAAAUAGAAAAUCUUCGUAAUAUGUUAAUGCGAGUAAAUGAAAAAAUUUUACUUUUAUUCAAUAAUAUGUUUAUGAGUCACUAUAUUGAUCAAAUUAAUCAAGCGAUUUAUUCUCAGAGUAAUAUUCCUUCUAUACCGGAUUACCAAAAGAUGACGAAAGAAAAAUUUCUUAGUAUUGUUGAAUUAAUGGGCAAGAUAAGUGUGAGUAAAGAACGUUUGGAUCAAUUGUCCGAUGCUUCAUUAGCCGUGUGGGAUAUACUUUUACAUGAAAUUGAAUUUUCUCAAAUUUUUACUCGAGAAAUGACUAAAUCUGGGAUUCAAAUGAAUGAAGAUGGUGUCGAAAAAGCGUUGCUUUUUUUAAAUCGUAUUCGAAUACAAUUAGGCAUUGAAAAUAAUGAUAGGUUUUUGAAUUUUUUUCUAAGUAUCUCCGAUAAAAUAGCCAAAACAACCGUUAAAACUGUAGAGCAACUAAAUAAACUACUGGAAGUUGUGCACUAUGAAAAUAUUUCAUUUGAACAAGCAAAUGAAAUCGUCGAGAAAUUUAAUUAUCUUGAUUGGCCUGAUGAAAUUAAAAAAAUAGUCUCAUCUCGAUUUGCGAUUGAUAAUAAAUCUGAUCGCUCAGCACGAGAAAUCAUUGAUCAGAUGAUUAAUCAACAAAAUAAAAAAACUAAUGUUAUUGUGAACAAAACUCUUGAAAGCAUCGCUCACGAAGCUAAACGAUUUCGAGAAAAAGCUUUAAAAAAAACUGUAUUAGAAGGUAACGAAAACUCAGAAAUCAAUCGGGAAAUUCAAGAAACUCUUAAUCUUAAAUCCUAUCAAGAUAAUCCUGAAAAAUAUGUACGUUCUCAUUUAGAUCAAAUCAUCCCAUUAAUUCUUUACGCUUGGUCAAUUGCGAAUAAACCACAAUUUCCGAAAGAUACACAAAUAGUUGCUUUACUACUGGUCAUUCACAGUCAUGAUAAAGGACUUCUUGAGCAAGUUCGAACAGGCGAAGGAAAAACUCUGAUUGUAGGAUUAAUUGCCGCAUUUCUUGCGCUAUGCGGACAUGCUGUUGACAUUGUUUCUAGUAAUCGAGAUUUAGCAAUAGAAGGAGAACAAAAAUGUCGUUCGUUCUUUCAACUAUUAAAACUUGAAAGUGGCCACAUUUGCAGCGAAAACGAUGAAGUUAAUCAUCAAUCGUAUAGAUCAGAUUUAAAUACAUCUCAAGGUAAUAUCGUUUAUGGAGAAGUGGGCACAUUUCAACGUGACAUUUUAGAAGAAGAAUUUAAUAGUAAAAAGAUUUUUGGUAAACGAUAUGAAAAUCGAAAUAAAUCGUUGAUUGUUGAUGAAGUCGAUAAUAUGUGUUUAGACAAAGCUCGGCAUGUUCUUUAUCUUUCUCAUGAAAUCGAAAGUCUGAAAUGGCUCGAAACAUUGUUUAUUAAUAUUUGGGCUGCCGUGCUUAGAACAGAAAUGAGUAAUUCUGACGAUAUAUCAGAACAUGUUAAAGAUAUUUCUCAAUUCAUAAAAGCAAAUGUUCAAAAUAAGAAUAUUUCUGUUCCCGAUUAUAUGAACGAGUUUGUCAAUUACAAAAUAGAGCGUUGGGUAGAUAGUGCAUUUCAAGCGCGAAUCAUGCGAGAAGAUGAUCAUUUUGUUUUAGAUAUACCUAAGACAGAUGAUCAACAUAUUAAAAAACAAAAGAAUAUUAUUGUACUCGAUAAAGAUACCGGAAUAGAGCAAUAUUCAACACGAUGGAGUCAUGGUUUAGCUCAGUUUUUAGAAUUAAAGUAUCGACGAAAAAUAACUGUUGAAAGUUUAAAGGCAGUUUUCAUUUCUAAUAAGGCAUUCUUUCAACGAUAUAAACAGCGUCUCUAUGGUUUAACGGGAACGUUAGGCUCGGAAAAUUCGCAAAGUUUUUUAUCUGAUUUAUAUCACGUUCAAUUUGCUGAUCUGCCUACUUCUCGAAAGAAAUCCUAUUUUCAACUGCCUAGUAAAGUGUCAUUUGAAUAUGGCGAUUGGCUUGAUUUAAUUGCUAAAGAAAGUAUCGAACAAGCUCACGAACGACCUGUUUUAGUUAUUUGUGAAAAUGUUGAAGCAACAGAAAACAUUUGGAAUGAACUUAUUCGACAUGGUGUUCCACCGCACAGAAUAGAAAAAUAUAGAAGAGAUGGUGAUAAUGUCGAAGAAAGAUUUCGACAACAACCUGCUACAGUCGGUGAUAUUAUCAUCGCAACUAAUAAAGGUGGUCGAGGAACUGAUAUUCAUGUAGAUUCACACGUCAAUAGUAACGGAGGUAUGCAUGUAAUUUUAAGUUAUCUACCGGAAAAUGUCCGAGUAGAAGAACAAGCGUUUGGACGAACAGCUAGAAAUGGAGCCGCAGGAACUGGGCAAUUUAUUUUACAGGUUGAUAAAUCUAUUUACGAAAACAUGUAUGAACUAAAUCAAUAUCCUGAUAAUCAACGACAAAAGAAAUUAGAAGAUUUAUCAGAUAUCAUUUUAGAACGAGAAAAAAUCCAGCGAGAUAAUAAAGAAGCAGCUAGACUAUCGGACUUAAAACAGAAAAGUAUACUUCGUCUUGAAGUUGAAGAAGAACUUUUCGAUAAAUUUAAUCAAUUCAAGAAAAAGAUUUCUAAAGAAAUAUUCGAGCCGCUAUUUAAUGAUAGGUCAGAAAAAUUGAAAGAAAAAUUUCUUGAAGUUUUCGAAAAUAUUUUAAAAAACCGUUGGGCAUUUUGGUUGGAUAAAGUGAAAAAUAGCAUUGAUGAUAUUGAAACUUCUCAGGGGAAAAACAUAUUAUUGAAUCAAUUUGAUUCUUCGUUUAUUAAAGCGAUUGCUGAUGUUUUACAAAAAACUAAUUUUGACAGUUUGCUAGAGAAAUUUAUUGAAAAACCGGAAGAAGCGGUUCAAAUAGGGAAAGUUUGUCUAUCAGAAGAUGAAGUUUUGAUGGCUAAAAAAUGUUUCGAGAAAGGAAUUACAUAUGGAGAUGUUUCGGGAUUCUCCUAUAUGGGACUCGUAUUUUGUAUUAUUAAAUUGAAGGAGGAAGGAAAUAUUCGAAAACAGUCAAGAAGAGAAUUAAAGAAAGCUCUACGUUCUUUAGAAGCAAUCAAACGAAAUCUAAUGGCAAAUCUUAAAAUUGCCGAAAUGCUUCCGCAAUCAGCUACAGCUGAUAUAUUGAAAAAAGUAUCUUCGAAAGAAAAUUUUUAUCAAGAUCAAAUUAGUGGAAAACUAGAAGUGAUUGGAUUGCAUAUACAUUAUUUAAAGAAAGCCAUUGGAGAAACAGUAGAACCUUUUGAUUUUAUUCUAAACGCAAAAGAAGGUGAGAAAUUUACAGAAGAAAAUUAUGAACGAGGAGAGAAACUAUAUGAUCUUUUAGUACAAGGUGGACUUAUUCAGGGAGAUAGAAUAAGAAAAGUAUUGAGAAAAGAAAAAGGACACAUAGAAAAGACGAUUCGAGAUAAUAUUGAUCCUUCGAUUGCGGACUCAUUGAUUAGUUUAUUAAAUAGAAAAAAUGAAUUUGAAAAAAAUGACUUUGAAAAUAUUGUUUGCUACAACGAACAAUUAUGGGAAGUUUUGAAUGUUAAAACUUUUCAAACUGUUUUUAUAUUAGAUAAAAAUAGAAUAGAAAAGCAAUUACCAGAAGAAUACGAAAGUAUUUGGAAAGAUUUAGAAGAUAAAAUAGAUCCGAAUCAAGUUGAUAUUUCGAUAUUUGAAGAAUCUUCUGAGAAAAUGAAAUUUAAAAUUUAUCUCGAAAAGAAAAAGAUACUAGUUCAAACGAAACGAGUUCACAUUAACGAAUUAGAUUUCGAUUCGUUACGAUUUGAUGGUGAAUUUAAAAAAUAUUCAAAAAUGAAAUUCAAUGAUAAUGGUUAUGAAACAAAAGAUCUUAAAGAAUUUUUAAUAGAAUUAAAAGAAUAUAUUAGCCAAGGAGGAAGUGAAUAUUUCUAUCAAACAGAUUUACCAUUUGGUACAAAAGAAGAAGAAGGAAAUAAAAUUCGAAUUUUUUUAAAAGAGAAAAAUAUCUUAAAAUCAGGCGGACUUGCCUUGUACAAAUACGGUGAUAAUCGUGACGAAAUUGACAAAUCUUUAGAUAAGAUUUUAGCAAAAAGCGGCUUCGAGAAUGAUAAACAAAUGAUUCAGUCAAUACUAGCAAGUUUACAGGGCGAUAUUCGUUCCUAUAAAGAUGAUUUGAAAGUAAACUUGAAAGAUUUUUUGGAUCUUCAAGAUCAAGAGGAAGUGCCAAGUGAACUAGCAUUUUUCGAAGGUAGCGGUCUGAAUAAGUUUUUAAUUAUCGAAGAAGAUAAAUCUUGGUGGGAUUGGAAUGCUUUUGCAGUUGCAAUGAUAGGAGUUGCGGAAGUCAUUGGAGGAACAAUUUUAAUAGCGUGCGGCGCGGUCAAUAUAGGAGGUGCUCUACUCAGUGAAGGUAUUGCUGAUAUGAUUUAUGCAACCAUGGCAGGACUGUCGGGUCAAUUCAGUUGGAAAGACUGGGCAAUACAAAAAUCGAUUAGUUUUAGUCUUUCUCUAAUGACUGCUGGAAUUGGAAAACUAGCAUCCGUAGGUUCAACCGCAGCUAAGAUAGGUUCAUUAUCUAAAGCAGCAAUGUUUGCAAAGAUAAUUAAAAGUGCAGCGUGCGAUUUUGCAACUAUCUGUUUAACUAACAUUUUAACCGAGAAAAUUAUGGAACAGAUCAAAGACGGUGUUAUACCAAUGAUAGUUAAUGGAAUCGAAGAAAAUUUCUUAAAAGGAAUUUUCAAUUCGAUUAAUACGAAAGUGCGAAAUCUUUACGUUGCAAGCGAGAAUGACAGAAAAAGCAUAAUAUUACCACAGCAGUUUGAUAAUAUUCGAAUACAAGUCGUAUCUACUCUACAAAAUAGUUAUCAACAGUUUGCUGCAGGCCUGGCUAAUUCGAGUUCGAAAUAUGCUAAAAUGACUGCGGCUGCUAUCAAAGCAACGUCUAUGAUUAAUAGAAUUUGGACUGCUGUUCAGUCUGUGUUACAAUUAACGAGUGCGAUCAGUACUGUGACUAAGAUUGUUGACGGCGCAAUUAAUACCGAAGAGAAAAAUGUGAACUCAAAAGUAAUGAAGGAUGCACUUAUUAAAGCAAGAGUAGAUCAGUUGAUUAGUAUCAUAAAAGGAUAUAUAUCAAGUAAAUUAACGAAAGAAUUAGCAAAAAUAUUAAGGCAAAUCAUUAGCGGAACAUUAAAACAGAUUGGCAAAGCCAUGGCACAAAUUGCAAAGGCAAUGGGUAAUGGAGAGGUUAAUGAGAAGAAUCCAAUCAAUAAAAUGAAAAACGCAAAUCAGAAUAAAGACAAUGAUAGAAAUAGUCAAGUUAUUGUUGAACAACCUUCAACGGACCAAUCUUCUCAGAAUGAACAAAGAAAUAAGGACAAACGAGAAGAUCUGCAAAAUAAUAUAAAAAAUCCUAAAGAAAUGAAUGAAGGAUGUUUAAACGACAUUAACAAAAAAAACAGUGGAGCAACGGAUCGUGCUGAUAUAAAAAUGCUAGCAAAUAGUAAAUGGAGAAAUAUAACCGUCCAUAAUCAAGCUACAGGAGAAACAGAAGUAAUAAGGCCUGGAGGACUAAGAAAAAUACCUGCCUUUUUUAAACAGUCAGCUGAAAUAAUUUUUCAACCAGGUGAAAAUGGAAGUAUAGGACAUUUUGUGACCGCUAGAGGUAAGGAAACAUACAUACAGUUGAAUGGCCGUCAAGACUGUUUGUUGAUCGCUUAUCAUGAAUCACUUGGUCGCAAAGUAAAUGAAGCUGUGAUAGAAAAAGAAAGAUACAGUUUAGAUCAAUAUAUUACUCGAAAUAGAACAACCUAUAGUAAAUAUAAACAAAAUAUGAUUGAAAGUACACUUGAUCCGAUGAUAGCUGGUAGACAAAAGGAGAAACGAGAUCUUGAAAAUGAUGAAGCCACGAAGGAUGAAAAUAAAAAACGAAAUGCUCGACCAAAAAAGGAGGGAACUUAUGGAAAUAAACCCCGUGAAAAAAGUCGCCUAAAGCAAGAACACGGCAUAACUGUAAGUGGACAAACGCAUGAAUUUGAACAUCCUAUUCCCUGGGCGACAUUGGCUGCUGAUGCUGAUCCCGCAUUAAAAAUUCAGAGAAAAGGGGGUGUCGGUGAAAAACUGGAAGCUAUUUCGCCAGCUUAUGCUGAAACAAAAAGCUCACAUAAAGAACACCCAGGUACAGGCCGGAGCAAUGAGGCUGUGCAAUAUCGGAGCCAACUAGGAGUUGCUUUAAAAGAAGAUAAGAGUCCUGGCAACGCUUUUCAAAUUAGUUUGGUAGAAUAUGCUCAUAAACCAAAUUUUAUUGAUACAGCACACACUCCAGUCGGCAGAGUAGCAAGUGACUCAUAUCAGCAUAUGAUAAUGAACACAGACUCAGUCCCGUAUUUGAAUAAUGAUGCAUCUUUCGCUUUCAUGCCCCUCGAUAAUCACCAAAAAAAAGAAUGCAUUGUAGCCAGAUGGAUAGCAGAUAAUGGUAAAUAUCCUACUGAAAGUGAGACAGAAGAAAUCAUACGAGCGGCUUUCAAACGUCGCUAG